CUUCCUCUUGCCCCCGCAGUAUUAAAUCCUAACCAGUACCCAAUUAAUCUCCAAAAUGUCUCGACAAUCACACAUCUUCCAUCGCUCUUUGUCUAAGGACUAUCCCACGGCUGCCGCUGGCCAAGGUGUCUAUAUCAUUAGCCCCGAUGGUACCAAAAUCCUCGAUGGCAGCAGUGGUGCCGCCGUAUCGUGUCUUGGACAUGGGAAUCCGGACGUAAUUGCAGCUAUUAUUGAACAAGCUCAACGCAUGGCAUUCGCCCAUUCUUCGUUCUUUACCAGUGACCCAGCCGAGGAACUAGCGUCAUUAUUGAUCGAUUCCAGUCAUGGUGCAUUUUCGAAAGUUCUUUUUUUAAGCUCGGGUUCCGAGGCUGUUGAAUCAGCUUUCAAGCUCGCCAGACAAUAUCAUCUGUGCAAUGGAGACCCGGGGCGAGUCAAUAUUAUUUCUCGUCAGUUUUCGUACCAUGGCAACACAAUAGGGGCCCUGUCUGCUGGGUUUAAUCCCCCGCGUCGGCAACCAUUCAAGCCGCUGUUGUCACCGGCUUUUCACCACGUCUCGCCUUGCUUUUUCUCACGGGACGCAAGCCCCGAUGAGAGUGAGCAAGACUAUGUCAAACGCCUCAUCAAGGAGUACGAAGACAUGUUCACCCGCUUGGGGCCUGAGACAGUUGCUGCUGUCAUUGUUGAACCGGUUGGAGGAUCAACACUCGGUGCUGUCCCCGCUGCCUCUGGGUACCUCGCUCAGCUACGAGAGCUUUGCGACAAGCACGGAUCUCUACUCAUCUUCGACGAAGUCAUGUGUGGAAUGGGUCGAGUGGGGACAUUGCAUGCAUGGCAGUCACUGGGGAGUUCAGCGCCAGAUAUCCAGACAAUUGGGAAAGGCUUGGGUGCUGGAUACCAACCCAUCUCUGGCAUUUUGAUCAGUCCUAAAGUCCACGACACUCUCAAAUCUUCGCAGGCGACAAACCCAUUCGUUAACGGGCAUACAUACCAAGGUCAUUCAAUCGCGUGUGCCGCAGCGCUCGCAACCCAGAGGACUAUUGUCAAGAACAACUUGCUCAGCAACGUGCGGCAAAUGGGGGACCUUCUAUUCCGGAAGUUGAAGACGUUGACACCACAUUUGAAAGAAGUUCGAGGGCUUGGGUUAUUCCUUGCUGUUGAGUUUUCUUCAAAGCCUACAGCUCACAUCGCACCGGAGGUUGCCCAGGCCUGUUUCAAGAACGGAGCCGCUGUCUACUUGUGCUCAGCCGCUGUUGAUUCAGUUAUGUUCGCCCCGCCGUUCAUUAUCAAUGAAACCGAGAUCAAUGAACUUGUGGAUAUUUUCCUCAGGUCCGUAAAUGAGGUCCUGGAACGGAAAGGCGAGUCAAUAAGUAGCAUUUAGCUGAGACUUAAUUGAAGAUCGAAUUGUCACA